AGAUUCGUCUUCGGUAAAACCCGAAGCAGCGAAAGAACUCCCAACGAAAAGGGGAACAAAAUUCGUAAGCCUCCUUUCAAUCCGAGCUCUCCAAUGGCGGAAAAGCCCCAGCCAGCGCACGUGCUCUACUGCCAGGUAUGCGGCCUCCCCGCCGAGUACUGUGAGUUCGGCCCCGACUUCGAGAAGUGCAAGCCCUGGCUCGUCCGAAACGCUCCCGAUCUCUAUCCCGAUCUCAUCAAAGAGGCGAAUGAUAGGGAUGCAGAUAAGGCUGCUGACCAGCUUCAAUCGACGGCGAUUUCCGGCGAUGGCGGUGGUGUGGGCCCCUCCAGUAGGUCAGGGAACACUGCAGCAUCUAAGCCAGAAGAAGUGAAACGCCUUCCUGGUGGUAAGAUAAAGAAGAAGGAAAAACAAGAAAUUAUUAUUGAAAAGAUUGUUCGCAAUAAGCGUAAAUGCGUGACCGUUGUGAAAGGUCUAGAAUUAUUUGGUGUCAAACUGAGUGAUGCUUCUAAGAAGCUGGGGAGAAAGUUUGCAACUGGAGCUUCUGUUGUCAAGGGUCCAACUGAGAAGGAACAAAUUGAUGUCCAAGGGGAUAUAUCUUAUGACGUUGUAGAGUUCAUAACAAAUACCUGGCCAGAUGUGCCAGAGUCUGCAAUCUUUUUCAUGGAAGAUGGACGGAAAAUACCUGCUGCUUAAGAGCUUGAUCCCGAUACUUCGUGAGAGCAAAUUACCAAGCCAAUAUACUACGUAAACAUCAAGUUUUGUGGGGCUUCCCCACAAUAACACCGUAUCUUUAUUUGCAACCCUCUUUCACGUAACUUCCUCAUAUCCAUCUGUUAUGCAUGGGUGGCGAAAGUUAGUUCACAGUUUAGUUUGUAUGGGAUGUUAAUUCUCUCAGGACAAUUUUGGCGAGAAGUUUUAAAAUUUAACAACCAGUUAUGAUGUGUUUGCCUUGUGUAGAAGCCUUAAAUGUGCUUCCAGAAAAUUUCCAGUUACUAAGCUUUAUAUUGCCACUCUUGUAAGCCUCCAUUUUAGCAUGAAAUUUAUUAUAGGCUGCCAGCAGUAUUAUUGCUUCA